AUGUUAACAUCGUCGGUAUUCGGUGGUUAUAAAUUUUAUAGAAGAUUCUUGAAACCUAUAAAGACUGUACAAAAUAUACCAAGCUCAUAUUUCCACAAGAAGAAGAUGCUGGGAAAAGUCACAAGUGUUGGAGAUGGGGAUAAUUUCCAUUUUUAUCAUACACCAGGUGGGAUACUUGGUGGAUGGCAUUGGUUAAGGAAAACACCACAAACAAAUCAAAAAGGACUACGAUCUGAAACUUUACACGUUAGACUUUGUGGAGUUGAUGCCCCAGAGAGAUCACAUUUUGGUAAACCUGCACAACCAUAUUCAGAUGAAGCAUUAGGCUGGUUAAGAAGCUUCAUAUUAGGUAAAAGAGUUAGAGUAAAACCAUUAGCAUUAGAUCAAUAUGGACGUGUGGUGGGGAAGGCUACUGUUUGGACAUUAUUUGGUCGUAAAAAUGUCAGUCUUGAAAUGAUCAAGAAUGGUGUUGGUAUUGUUUAUGAAGGUAAAUCAAGCGCAGAAUUUGAUGGUGAUGAAAUGAUCUUUAGAGAAAACGAAAGAAGAGCUAAAAAAGCUAGAAAGGGUCUAUGGGCAUCUAAACGGAAAUUACAAACUCCUGGUGAGUUCAAAAAGCAGCAUAGGGACUCCUAA